AUGACGCUUGCUCACAGGACGGAAGUUCUGGAUGCACAUAUGGGUGACCAUAAUUGGAAGAAGCUCGUCAACAUGGUCAGGUCAUUAUGUCAGAGAUGGAAGAGAACCACUACCGGGCUUGCCGAAGCUGAAACAGAACUUCACAAGCUGUCAGACACAGCGAGUUCCGAGGAGCUGUUGGACUGGAAUAGACAGGAGGAAAAUGCCCAGAAGCUUCGAACUGCGGAUCCAUCCGCGAUGGACAUUUUUGAAGCGGAAGCCCCAAAGGUCCUGACACAAAAGGAUGUGCAAGCCAGCCUGAUGGCAAAAGAGCUUGAUAUCAGAAAUGCUAUUGGAUUCCAUUUGGAUAAGCACGGGUAUGAAAAUUCAGGAAACACAGUUGGCAUUAAGUUUAUCCGGCAAUUGGAUGCUUUUCAUCGACAAGGCUCUGAGCUUUUUCCAUGGACCGACUUCCUGGAUGCAUGUGUCUUGAACCCCCCUCCGGAUGAUCAGUUUGAACAUGACAAUGAUCUCGACAUCCUUGACGCCAACCCCCCAAAAGGCAUGCAGGUUGCCUGA